UUCUUCUUCUUCCUCCUCUUCUUCUUCUUUCUUCUCUUCCUCUUCUUCGCUCGCUUGUUCAUCCCAUACCAGCGUUAAAGAACCACCCCCACCGUCACAACAUCAGCAAGAGCACCAACAACGGUCUUUUCCAUCCAGACCCACCAAUGAUUCUUCUUCGAAAAAGGUUGAAGUUUUGUAUCCUGGCUCCAGGGGAUUGCCCUCAUCAAUCACAUCCAAAGACACUGGUUAUCUACUCUCUAUUUCUUAAACCAUCAAAGGAACAACCUAAGCUGUCUGUCAAAUUUUUUCUUCAUGCCAGCGGAAACAUUGCAUCAAGAUUUUUGUAUGACCAGGUACUAGUCUCUGCUUUCCGUAAAAUCCCCAAAGCUACUUGGAAUGCAAAAGAAAGGCUGUGGAUGUUCCCAAUAUCAUUUUUGUCAAUGGCAGAAAAAGUCCUUGGUGAGAUAUCUGGUUACAGUGUUGAGGUGGAGAAGUUAGAUCAGUUGGUACAUCGUGCUAUUGUUGCUGCUUCUGCUGUUCCAGAUCUUCGAGACCUAUAUGACAGGAUGCCUAGCCAUAUUGAAUCUAAGCUUUUGCCAUUUCAGCGUGAUGGAGUUAGGUUUAUCUUGCAGCAUGGAGGGCGUGCUCUUCUUGCUGAUGAAAUGGGACUGGGAAAGACUUUACAGGCUAUUGCUGUAAGUGCAUGUAUCCAGGACUCAUGGCCUGUUCUUAUUCUUACACCUUCUUCCUUACGUCUGCAUUGGGCUUCAAUGAUUCAGCAAUGGCUUGAUAUUCCUCCAUCAGAUAUUCUUGUUCUUCUACCUCAAUGUGGUGGAUCAAACAGAGCUGGGUACACGAUAGUAUCCUCAAAUUCAAAGGGCAGCAUUCAACUUGAUGGUCUAUUCAACAUCAUCUCCUAUGACAUAGUCCCGAAGCUACAGAAUCUACUAAUGGCAUCAGAGUUUAAGGUUGUGAUUGCAGAUGAGUCACAUUUUCUGAAAAAUGCUCAAGCAAAGAGGACAACUGCUUCCCUUCCUGUCAUAAAGAAAGCGCAAUAUGCAAUACUCCUUAGUGGGACUCCUGCUUUAUCCCGACCAAUUGAGCUAUUUAAGCAGCUGGAAGCAUUGUAUCCUGAUGUAUAUAAGAAUGUUCAUGAAUAUGGUAACCGAUAUUGCAAAGGUGGGAUCUUUGGAGUUUAUCAAGGUGCAAGUAACCACGAAGAAUUGCACAAUUUGAUGAAGGCAACUGUGAUGAUCCGCAGACUUAAAAAAGAUGUUCUUUCUGAGCUUCCUGUGAAGCGCAGGCAGCAUGUCUUCCUUGACUUGGCUGAGAAGGACAUGAGACAAAUCAAUGCUUUAUUUCGUGAGCUGGAGGUGCUAAAAGGUCAAAUAAAGGCCUGCAAAUCACAAGAGGAGAUUGAACCCCUUAAAUUUGCUGAGAAGAAUCUUAUUAACAAGAUUUAUACCGAUUCUGCUGAAGCCAAAAUUCCUGCGGUCCUAGAUUACCUGGGAACUGUCAUUGAGGCAGGGUGUAAGUUCCUUAUAUUUGCACACCAUCAGCCAAUGAUUGACUCGAUACAUCAGUUUCUUCUUAAAAAGAAAGUGGGUUGCAUUCGAAUUGAUGGCAGCACCCCCCCAGCAUCAAGGCAUGCUUUGGUUACAGACUUUCAGGAGAAAGAGGCUACCAAAGCAGCAGUACUUUCUAUCAGAGCUGGAGGUGUUGGGCUAACUUUGACAGCUGCAAGCACCGUUAUUUUUGCAGAGUUGUCUUGGACUCCAGGUGAUCUGAUUCAAGCUGAAGAUCGUGCUCACAGGAUUGGCCAGGUGUCUUCAGUCAAUAUAUACUACCUGCUAGCAAAUGACACAGUUGAUGACAUCAUUUGGGAUGUUGUUCAGAGCAAGUUGGAAAAUUUAGGACAGAUGCUUGAUGGCCAUGAGAAGACCUUGGAAGUUUCAUCCAGCCAACCAAGAAGCAGCCCUGCAAAGCAGAAAACACUAGACUCUUUCAUGAAGCGCUGUAAUAGCACGGAUGACAUGGAGCACUGGUCCAAGCUCAAACGUCCCCGGCACUCAGCUACAAGCCCUUUUUAACCAUGCUAAUGUAUUCUUGGAAGAACAUGCACAGCAUCAGAUGUAUUAGGCACGUGCAUAUCGUCUUUCUGCAAUUGCGCUGGUACGGUUCAGUUAUCCCUUACGCUUUGGUAGGUUGAGGAUGCUACUUUUUGUGGUUCCCUGAAGGAAGAGGAACCCUCAAAUUAGAUUUAGGAGUCAAUUACCAAACCCAUUGACCCGAGGCAUGUAGAUUUAUUUAGUAGAAGCCUCUAAACAGAUCAGAGAGUCCUGAAACGAUCCUGGGCGGCUCUGUCUUCCAUUUUUGUUAUAACUUUAAUACGAAAGACUUGUAUUGUUGAUGUGAACAUUGUUAUACGUAGUAGUCUAUUUGCAGAGAAGUAUGGUUGU